CUUCUCGGAACACAUGCGUACCGUGCUCUCCACCGUGCAAAGUUUGCUGAAUGAAACGUUAGCAUGCAGGUCAUAAUAAUUUAGUUACAGUAGUCCGUAGCAGUAUCCAGUAGAAAUAAUAGUUGUGUUUGCGCUUGGGGUUAAAACUGAUUAACUUGUUAGGAUGAAGAUUAAGCGACAGAAACAAGCUAAAAAGACCAUUAGUUUUUAUAAAUAUAACUUUGGGUUUAGGGAACCUUUUCAAAUAUUACUUGAUGGCACGUUUUGCCAAGCCGCGCUGAAGAAUAAAAUCCAGAUAAAAGAGCAGAUGCCAAAGUAUCUGAUGGGAGAGGUGCAACUAUGUACCACGAAUUGUGUUUUGAAGGAACUGGAAUCGUUGGGGAAAGAGCUUUAUGGAGCUAAAAUAGUCUUGCAGCGAUUUCAGACUCGCCACUGCUCGCAUUUUAAAGAUCCAGUGCCCGCCUCGCAGUGUUUGAUUUCGAUGCUUGAGGAAACUAAUCCCCAUCACUAUUUCAUUGCUACUCAGGACAAGGAGCUGACGGAAGCAGUUAAGAAGGCAGUCGGUGUACCUCUGCUGUACAUCAUACUGAACACGAUUGUAUUGGACAAGCCAUCCCCCUGCUCGGUGGCCCACGUCCAGGCAGUGCAAGCUGGACAGCUCGUGACCCCGGAGCAACAUAAGAGCAUCCACAGCAUGAAAGAGGAGAAAGGGCUACUGGGGUGUGAGGCAGAGAUACGGGGCAAGAAACGGAAGCGCAAAUCUGGGAACCCCAACCCACUGAGCUGCCUGAAGAAGAAGAAGAAGCAGCCAGGCGUUCCAACACCCAAGCGAGCCGAUGAAGAAAAGAAGAAACGGAGCAGAAACCGGAGGCGGAAAGCUGGCGGGGGGGAAACUGUCCCUCUCCAGGACAGACCAGAUAGGGAAUGACUUUGUAGGACCCCCCUACUGAAGGGGGUUUGAGGUCUCCACUCAUUUUCUGAUUGUCUGGUUUUGAUUACUGGGUUUGAGUUACUGGUGACACCCCCCCCCCCCAAUAAUUUAUGCCUAUGCCUCUUGUAAAAUCUGCCAAGUGCAUCAAAAUUGUUAUGAUUAUUGUCCCUAGUUGGUUUUGUAAAUUCAAGUCAUUUUUAUAGAUUCAUCGUAUUACGUUAUUACAUUUACUGAAAUCUG